AAAUAUCCAACAGUCAUGGCACCAAGAGCUAUCCGGUUCUUCUGUUUCACUCUUCUCCUCUUCUAUCUUUUGUCUCAAGUCCAUUCAGAGCACAAAUCGCCAAUUCCAUCUAGGUUUUUCAUUAGAAAUCUCCAGGGCUCCCACAAGGGUGAUAAAGGUAAUGGCAUUCUUGUGCUUAGAAACUAUUUACAACGCUUUGGUUACUUGAGCUCUAUCACCAUGGAGCAGACAUCUGUUCAGAAUGACAAUUUUGAUGAUGAAUUGGACCUCGAUGUGGAGUGCCGGAAUAUCAUCAACGGCACCAACCCCUUCCAUUCUCAGUAUGUCUUUUUCCCAGGGAAUCCCAAGUGGACCAAGAACAGUCUCACGUAUGCCUUCGCUCCGGCCACCCGAAGGGAUGGUAUAUCCACCGUGAGCAAUGCCUUACAAAAAUGGCCUGGAAAAAUCCGCUUCAAAUUCUCCUUAACAAAUGACUACUCAAACGCUGAUCUUAAAAUAAGUUUCCAGAGACUGGAACAUGGAGAUUUUGCCCCGUUUGAUGGUCCCGGCAGGGUGCUAGCUCAUGCCACUUCACCGAUGGAUGGAACACUGCACUAUGACGGGGAUGAAAAUUGGUCUCUAGAAGCAACUCUAGGGACAUUUCACUUGGAAACCGUUGGUUUGCACGAGAUUGGGCAUAUGCUUGGACUGGCGCAUAGUCAGGAAAUAAGAUUUCUUUCUUCGCCUUGCUUCUCUGAGGUUGCUUUAGGAGAAAAGAUUGCGACUCAUCUACACGUCUCUCUUUUAACACUUUCCCUUCCCCUUGUGCAACAGUCGUUCCUCAUUGAGGCCAGAGUCCAAACGUCUGGAACUUCCAAUCUCAAGGAAAUUGUUGUCCAACCUCUUCUUCACGAAAAAUUUUGUUGUAUUCUUAGAAUAUCACGUUAAUAGUAGCUGAUAUUGAUAAAAGCAUGUUAUUUUUAUUUUUUUGUCAAAUAAUGGAUGAAAUAUGAAAGAAAAUGUUGAAAUGAUGUAUUUUUAUUGACCUGAGAUACCAUAAAAACUCUUUUUCUUUACAAGAUUCAAUUUGUAGUGAAUUAUUUAGGAGAUUAAUAAAAAAAAUAAUUUUUU